AGUGUUCAUCUCGUGAACCCAGGAAAUCUGAGCCAGAUCUGAGUUAGUUUAGAAGUUUAUUUUGCCAUGGCCGAGGACGUGCCUGAGGAAGUCCUGGUGACGUGUGCCCAAGGAGGUCAGGCACAGCCUGGUUUUAUGCAUUUCAGGGAAACAUGGGACAUCAGUGAAUAUGCGGAAGAAGUACAUUAGCUCCAUCCAGAAAGGCUGAGACAACUCGAAGCAAGGCCUCCCCACCUGGGGGUUUCCAGGUCACAGGUAGGUGACAGACAGAGGGUUGUGUUCUUUUGAGUUUCUGAUAAGUGUUUCCAAAGGAGGCAAUCCGAAUAUGCAUCUGUCUCUGCAGCAGAGGGGCUCCAUUGAAUAGAGUGGGAGGCAGAUUUUCCCUGAGUGUUUCCAGCUUGAAGGUGCCCAAGGUAUUUUCCUCUCACAAGUUGGUGACCCCAAACAGAACUUCAAAGCCUAAACAAAACAAAACAGGCAAAAGAACAAGAGAUGGACACCUAUUAAGACUAGAACAAUAUUCAGCCCUCCCGGGAAACAUGGGCGGUGUCUACCUCCGCCUGACAAAGAACUAAGCGCUGUGAGUCACAGGAAGGAGGAAUAUUCACCCACAGAGAGACCGAGAAUAACACAGGUGAUGGGAGCCACAGGCGAGGUCACUGAACACUCCUCACUGUGUUUUGUAGAUUGAGAAGGCAACAGAACAGAUUGGCAUGGUGAGAGAGACUCAGCCCUGCUGCCCUCGCCCCUUCCCUUCCAGGUGAGCCCUCACAGCCAUGACCUCAUCCCACAGCCAUCCUGUCCAGACCCACCCGCUGCCCCACCCUGGGACUGUUACCUCAUCCCCUCAGGGAGUCCAGGGGCCCCAGGAGUGUGAUGUGGGAGCCCAGGCAGGGCCUUUGUUCUCUGUCAGGGUCUCCCUGGGAGGGACGUGGCCACCGCAGAUGAUUGGGGCCUGGCUUCCCUGAGGACAGUCCUUUCCCAUUCUCUGGAUGAACAUCCCCGGGCUGGGACAUGAGGCCGGCAGAGGUGCGUGUCGCCCUUAGGGCCACCCUCUUGCUGCUGGGGCUCUGGGCACCCCUGGCUCCGGUCUGCUGCUCUCAAGGCCGUCCCUCGUGGCACUACGCGUCCUCCGAGGUGGUGAUCCCCAGGAGGGAGACCCACCGCGGCAAAGGCCUUCAGUUUCCCGGCUGGCUGUCCUACAGCCUGAGUUUUGGGGGUCAAAAACACGUCCUUCACAUGCGCAGAAAACGCCUUCUCUGGCCCAGACAUCUGCUGGUGACCACGCAGGACGACCAAGGUGCCUUGCAGAUGGAUUACCCCUACAUCCCUGCAGACUGCUACUACCUCGGCUACCUGGAGGAGGUGCCUCUGUCCAUGGUCACCGUCGACACGUGCUAUGGCGGCCUCAGCGGCAUCAUGAAGCUGGACGACCUUGCCUACGAAAUCAAACCCCUGCAGGAUUCCCGCAGGUUUGAACAUGUUGUUUCUCAGAUAGUGGCUGAGCCCAACGCAACAGGGCCCACAUUUAGAGAUGGUGAAAAUGAGCAGACAGACCCCCUGCUCUCUGAAGCAAAUGACAGCAUGAAUCCCAGGUUGUCUAAUUUCCAGUAUAGUUCUCAUACAGGCAAUAUAAAAGGUCAUAUUCAAUGUUCCAAUUCAUAUUAUAGAGUAUAUACCAAUAUCACAGCUUGUUCCAAAGAGGCGGUCCGGAUGUUCAGUCUCGUUGACAGCAUUGCUCAAAAUAUUGAUCUGCGGUACUAUAUUUAUCUUUUGACCAUAUAUAAUGAUCGGGACCCAGCCCCUGUGAAUGAGUAUCGAACAAAUAGUGCAAUUUUUACUUAUUAUAGAAACAGCUUUUUUAAUCCUUUUCGCCCUCAUUCAUCCAUACUACUUAUUCAAGACGGACCACAUGAAUCUAGCUAUGAAACUCCACAGUAUAAAAUGUGUAAAGCUGACGGCCUGAUACACAUUGGUAUUCUAGGCCGACAUUAUUUAUUGAUAGCUGUCAUAAUAAUGCAGUCGCUGAUGAGAAGUAUUGGUGUGGUCUAUGACACUGAGUACUGUACAUGUCAGAGGAGGACCUUCUGCAUCAUGCAACGAUUUCCAGGGAUGACAGAUGCGUUCAGUAACUGUACCUAUGGACACGCGCAAAACUGUUUUUCAACUGUAUCCCAGUGUAUUUUCAUUACACCGUCCCCUGUGUAUAACAAAACCAUGACAACAGUUCACUGUGGAAACCUGAUGGUGGAAGAGACUGAGCAAUGUGACUGUGGCUCCUUCAAGCAGUGUUACGCCAGUCCGUGUUGUGGGAGUGACUGUCGUUUCACACCCGGGAGCAUCUGUCAUGUAGGAGACUGCUGUACGAACUGCAGCUUCUCCCCGUCAGGCACUCUCUGCAGACCUAUCCAAAACAUAUGUGACCUUCCAGAGUACUGUCGUGGGACCACCGUGAUAUGCCCCGCGGACGUUUAUAUGCAGGACGGAACCCCGUGCACUGAAGAAGGCUACUGCUAUCAUGGGAAUUGCACUGACCGCAAUUUGCUCUGCAAGGCGAUCUUUGGUGCCAGUGCUGAGAAUGCUCCUGACGACUGCUAUAAUAUAAACCUCGAAUCAUACCGAUUUGGACAUUGUACUCGACUAUAUGAUUCUUACGCUUACCAGGCUUGUGUAGGAAUAGAUAAGUUUUGUGGAAGACUGCAGUGCACCAACGUCACCCAUCUGCCCCGGCUGCAGGAACACGCUUCAUUCCAUCACUCCGUGAUAGGCAGGGCUCAGUGUUUUGGGCUGGAUGAACACCGUGGAAUGGGCACAACCGAUGUUGGACGUGUGAUCGACGGCACUCCCUGUGUUCAUGGAAACUUCUGUAAUAACAGCCGGUGCAACGCCACUAUCACUUCCCUGCACUACGACUGUCACCCUGGGAAGUGCAGUCACAGAGGGGUCUGCAACAACAGAAGGAACUGCCAUUGCCAUGUGGGCUGGGAUCCUCCGCGGUGCCUGAGAAGUGGAGCUGGGGGGAGUGUCGACAGCGGGCCCCCUCCGAAAAGAAUGCGCUCCAUCACACAAAGUGAACAACCAGCGACAUACCUGAGGGUGGUCUUUGGUCGCAUUUACGCCUUCAUAAUUGCACUGCUGUUUGGGGUCGCCACAAAUGUGCGAACUAUCAGAACCACCACCGUUAAGGAAGUGACAGUUCCUGGCCCCAAAUAAGAAAACUUCAGCCUCCCGACCUUGUAAAGACAGAGAGAAUAUAAAAGCAAAAUUUAUGAAACAGGAGCAGGAGGAGGGAUGGCAAAGCUCAAGUCCAAAUUUUUUGAAGUCCGUGGGAGGCGCUGUGUCGUCUCUCACAUCUUGGGGAAACAGGAGGCGUUGGCAUCUAUCCCAGGUUCUUGUAGGUCACUGAUGCUCCCUCUGAAAUAAAUCUUCAAAAUCACAUUGGUGCCUUCCACAUUUUCUUAGACUCUGCUGGGAGCCCAGACUUGGCAGGAGCCUCUGGCCUAAAGAGGUGACCUGAGUGAGCAGCCGGGU